AUGAGCGUGCAUGUAUUAGUAGAGUCUGAGGAAAAGAACGAUGAUUGUAUGGAAGUGGAGAAUGAAGCAGUGUUCCCCCCUAAAAAAUCUUCGCGAGAUAAUGGCAGCGAAGAGACUUUAAGAGGAACAGCUUUUACAAAUCUUGAAGAUGAAAUGGUAGAAUGCAAUCAGAAAUGGCAAAACCCAAAGUAUUUUAAGUAUGCAUGGCAAGAAUAUCUUUUCAUUUUUACUUGUAUGAUAAGUCAACUUCUAAAUCAAGCAGGUACUACGCAAACUCUUUCCAUUAUGAAUAUCCUUUCGGAUAGUUUCGGGUCAGAAGGAAACUCAAAGUCAUGGCUAAUGGCAUCCUUUCCACUAGUUUCUGGUUCGUUUAUUUUGAUUAGUGGCAGAUUAGGUGACAUAUACGGGUUGAAAAAAAUGUUAUUGGUAGGAUAUGUUUUGGUUAUCAUAUGGUCUUUAAUUUGUGGGAUCACGAAUUACUCUGGUAGUGACACCUUUUUCAUUAUUUGUAGAGCCUUCCAAGGACUAGGAAUUGCAUUUGUUUUACCAAAUGUACUGGGGAUAAUAGGAAAUAUCUAUGUGGGCGGUACAUUUCGUAAAAACAUUGUCAUUAGCUUUGUUGGCGCAAUGGCUCCUAUCGGAGCUACUUUGGGUUGCCUUUUUGCUGGUUUGAUUGGUACUGAGAACCCAAACCAAUGGCCAUGGGCAUUUUAUGCCUUCAGCAUAGCCUCGCUCAUCAAUUUUGGACUGUCGAUAUACGCCAUUCCCAAUAAUAUACCUACGAACAUCCACCAUUUUUCUAUGGAUUGGAUUGGUUCUGUUUUAGGUGUGAUUGGUCUCAUUUUAUUAAAUUUUGUAUGGAAUCAAGCUCCCAUCUCUGGCUGGAGCCAGGCAUAUAUUAUUGUGAUUUUGAUCAUUUCUGUAAUUUUUCUCGCCGUUUUUAUCAUAUAUGAGAUGUGGUUUGCCAAAAGCCCGUUAUUACCACACGCCGUUAUUAAAGAUUAUCAUAUGAUACAAAUUAUGCUGGCUCUAUUCUUUGGAUGGGGCUCAUUUGGUAUUUUUACGUUUUACUACUUCCAAUUUCAAUUGAAUAUAAGACAUUAUACGGCGUUGUGGGCUGGUGGUACUUAUUUUAUGUUUUUAAUUUGGGGUAUUAUUGCUGCUUUGCUGGUGGGAUUUACUAUCAAAAAUGUAUCACCAUCGGUGUAUUUAUUCUUUUCUAUGGUGGCAUUCAACGUGGGCUCAAUAAUGGCGAGCGUUACACCGGUUCAUGAGACAUACUUUCGUACUCAAUUAGGAACGAUGAUAAUUCUGAGUUUUGGUAUGGAUCUUUCAUUUCCUGCAUCCUCCAUCAUCUUUAGUGAUAAUUUGCCGAUGGAAUAUCAAGGUAUGGCUGGGUCAUUAGUGAAUACUGUUGUUAAUUAUUCCAUGUCUUUAUGUCUAGGGAUGGGUGCCACAGUAGAGACACAGCUUGAUCCCGACGGAAAACAUCUUUUGAAGGGCUAUAGAGGUGCCCAGUAUCUUGGAAUAGGAUUGGCAAGUUUAGCUUGCAUGAUUAGCGGACUCUACAUGGUCGAAAGUUUUAUAAAUGAUCACAAGGCAAAAGCCGCUACUGAAAAUGAUUGUGCUACGACUUAG